AUGGCGUUGACGUCGGAUCUCGCCUUCGAUAUUACCGUUACGACGAUCUGCGGAUCGCUGAUCCUGCUCCGAUGCGCAUACCGAGCCUUUCGUCGAUGCAAAGUACACCAAACCUGCCACAGGACAUGGCACGAAGACGAUGUCUGGAUGGCCUUCUCGCUUCUACCCCUCAUCGCCAGAACGACCUGCAUCUGCGUAUCCUUCACCCUCAACCCAAGUCACGGUCGGGACUUUCCAACUAAGGAUGAGGCUGCUUCGCAAGGGAUGAGUGUCGAGAACAUACAAAAUGAUCGGAUCACGUCGCUUCAGUUACUAAUUCCGUCGCGUCUCUGCUACGCCCUCUUUUUGUGGUGUCUUAAGCUUAGUCUCCUCUCCUUCUACUCCAGAUUCGUCAGCAGCAAGGCUGUGAUCAGAGCUUUCUGGUGGUGCAUCGUCCUCAGCUACAUUGCAGUGCUUAUCACCACCCUGCUAGAGUGUCGACCCAUGUCUUUGAUGUGGGAGCUUGGUCCUAAGAGUUCACAACCUGCUUGCUCUAGAGCCUUUGCCAACUUGAUCACGAUGGGCGUCUUCAACAUAGUCUCCGAUAUCGCGCUUAUUGUCCUACCUUUUCCCACGCUGCGAACCGUGCAACUGGAUCUGAAAACCAAACUCCAACUUGGAUUCCUAUUCAGUCUUGGUGGCGUAGUAAUUGUGAUUACGACACUGCGUCUACCUCUCAUCCUGAACCAAUCGUUAUCGCAGAAGUCUCGAUCAAUUUGGGCCGCCGUUGAAAUCCUUUGCGCUUGCAUAGUUGCCAACACAUCUUUCUUCUACGCCCUCCUUCGAGAUCUUCAGCGACGACACGAU